UUUCUUAUGACUCGAAAACAGUUUUGGUAGGCACACAGUAACACUGUUGUUGUUGCAUUUUUGUCGAUGCAAAAAGAACACAUAUCUCAGUAUUAGAUGAUUUAAACAUCGAAAUGGAUACCGUAGAAUUUUGGAUAUGGGAACAUGCUACCAAAUAUGGGAUGACCAAAGUGUUAAAAAAAAUCAAAUCUAAUUUUCCCAAAAUCAACAUACCAAAUAGUUGGUUGAGUGCUCUUUGCUUACAAGAAAUCAAGAAUGAAUGGAGUAGAGAAGGCAACAAUAUCACUCCAAAAGUGUUAAAUGCUUUACGAAAAAGUUUGACAAGUACUUUUAAGCUCUACAUUAAGGAUCUAAAGCAUGUCAUGAGAACUGCUGAUUUUAUCCGACUUGAGCUCUGCUGCAAGGCAGUUUUCCAUGUGAUGCGCUCAGCAAAUUGUACAUCUGCAGUGAAGUUACAAACAAAAGAAGCAUUUUUUCCAUGCUGGAAUGGGGUUCUUUGGACAAAAACAAAAAAUUCUUUUGGCCUAAAGGAUGACAUUUUCAUGGAGGAAAUCAAAUGUUUUUAUUCAGAGUUACGAUUAAAACUGGGUCACGCUCAUCGAGAGAAAGAAAUAUUGGACACAUUCGGAGAUAUGAUGAAAAAGUAUUUCCCUUCACUAAUUUCUUUCAUGCGAAAAAUCAAACUUAGUAGACUGGAAAAAAUUCAAAAGAAUAUAACGAAGCUAGACAAACAGUUUGAGUUUUUGCGGAGCCGGUUAAAUAAUGGGUUCCUUAACGAGUUAAUAAUAUUGGAUGUGUUAGAAGAUGUUCAAAGAAAGAAGGUCACCGACAAGGCGUUGAAAUUUUGGAAAGAGAACAAACAAGUGGAAGCUACAAUGGAAACUUCUAUAGAAGCUACGCUGUACGCCCUACCACCCGAUCCCAAAUUUGCAAGCAACGACAACCAAUUUUAUCCUCCGUGUUUUCUAACAAAUCCAUUUAUGCCAACGCAUAUUGUUCUUGAGAAUGGCGGCCAGCUUGAGGCAAUUCUAAUCAACAGAACGGUUCCAAGAAAACCGAAUGGGGAAGCUUUCGGGCCCCAUUGGUUUGCUGAUACAAUAUUUUCUGUUAUUAAAUCCGAGAAAGGCAACUUGUCGAUCGAUAAUGAAAGCAAAAAAGAAACAAGCAGCGUUUCCGAAAUAUCGAUUAUUGGUCAUAGUGUUGAGCGAAGAAUGGAGCGUUCUAUUAAACUCUCGUUGUAUGCAGAUGACGGAUCAGAGAAAGAAGAAGUUUUAGUCCCAAACUCGUCUGAUGGAGAACCCACACAGCGUGUAGGACGUCAUGAUGAAAUCGGAAGUCUAGCGAGUUAUAACCUACCGAACGGGCCAGAACGUGUUAACUCUGUUCAGUCAUGGGUCAACAAUAGCCGUCCCCACAGCUCUUCUUCAAUUGAAAAUGAAAACGAUGAAUUGGAGGACAACUUAAAAAUUUCUUACAGAGAGCUAACUAGAUGUCAAUCGGUAGUACCAACCACGCAUCUAUCUUUACAGGACGAAGGCCAGCAAGAAGCUGUUGUUAUCGAAAAAGCAAAAGAAUGGGCAGGUCUGGACGGUGAUCUAACUGAAUUCGAGUCUGAUGCUAUUACGCCUCACGCAGAAGAACAAAAAUCCUUUGUAGUCUGCAUCCACACAUCAGACACGGAUUUUGUAAGCUCUACGACUGCUUCAAGCUGCAACAGGAUUCAGACUAGAGCCCGCUAUAAACACUUGACGGGAUUAGCAAACUGGAAGAAAAAAGAAAGGAAUGAUUCACAGAGUUAUGAGGGCGACAGUGACGCCGAAUUGAAUGCAUCACCUUAUAGUUUUCCACGACGUCUUCGCAGUCAAUCUCGCAUAGUUAUUCCAGAUUCCGUGACAGAAAAAAGGAAUACUCGGUUAAAGAGAAAAUGCCGUAAGUUGUCGACUUCAACUUCCAGUUCUGAUUGUUUAGCAAGUGCCAAGAGGUUCCAAGUCGAAUCCCAGACAUCAGAUGGUGUACCGACUUCGUAUAGAACUGCAACUUCAACAGAUGCCAAAUCUGAAGAAUCGUGGAGUGGAGAAAGGAGAAGCCGGCUGGGUGAUCGAGGUGAUGUAACACCACCUUUGGGAGAAGCAUCUUCUAAUUAUCAUACUCCUACCCGUCAAGUCGAUUCAGUUGUGACGGGACCAGAAUCUGAAACUACCGGAAUGAGGACCGGUAUUAAACGAAAACUACUUGAUGAUGCAGAGCUGGCUGAAGAUAACCCAAAGAGCAAAAGAAUUCCGGUAGAUGACAUGUCAAGUGGGAAGAAUAUCUUACCAAUUGUUGUAGAAAAACUGAAAAAACAUAGCGAAAAGCUGCGCAUGAGUGGCACGUGUUUUACCGGACAUUGCGAAAAGCUCGAUAUGUGUAUUCAAAGUGUCUCUUCAUCCCAUCAAAAACUACUAAGGAAAAAUAGUACAGUUCACGAUGCGACUGAAGGAAGCGUGGGUCGAAAGACGUUUUCGUUAAUGGAUUAAGUUGCAACCAAGUCAUUUAAUUAUAAUCUUUUGUUCAAAUUUAAAGAAUUUCUUUAUGUUGGAUUUUCACGAUGUAAAUUCCCGGGCUAGUAUACUGUGGAAAAACAAUUUCACAAAAAAUUUACGCUUUUCGAUAAGCAUGUUUUUUUUUUGUUAUUAAUUUUUUCUUGUUUCGUUUGGGCUGCUUUCAUGACUAGCAUGACUUCAUC